AUGCUACAUAACCGUCACGUGAGUGUAAGUCAAUCGUUACCAAUCAGCAGUAUCCUACCGGGAGAUGUAUAUGGAGCACAAUAUGGAAGUCAGCAGUUACCAGCAAAUAGCAACUCAGAGAAGAUGAAUUCAACUAUCGUGAAAAAAUUACUGAUCACUGGGUGUAUUAGCGUGAUUGUUGCACAAGAUAAACAGAGUUGUAAAGAAGUUGUCCCAUCGAAUGAAGUACAGAAGGUCACCGUAUUAGGCAGUGGCACUGGCUGUCAAUACCGUGUCAUAUCGGAUUCCGGCAAAGCGGUGAAAGUGUAUGUUAAUGCGACGAGUGGAACCAAAUGUGUGAAGGUUUCCAGUGACGCGAAAUCGGAAACACUGUGUCCAUUAGGUGUAACGAAUCAGUUUAUAUCGAGCUCACCGAUUGAAGUGAGUGCGGAUGACAACACGACUAGUUCAGAGACUACAACGAUUAAACCAACUGGAGUACCGUCAGAACCAACCACGCAACCUACAAAUUCAUCUGAUGUGAAACAACCGACGGAUGCUGGUGAGAAAGAACCAGCGCCACAAAAGCCUCCAGUAGUUACACAUCCAAUGGCACCUGAAGAAAAUGGUGGCAAACAUAAAAAAGGAGACAACGCAAAAGUUGUUCCCAGCCGUGCGCUUUUGAGGAAAGCGAGGGAUAAUUCGGAGACCAAUUGA